CCUCUUCCUCUCCCUCCUUCGUGCGCAGUCCUGCCCUUUGUUGAUUGCGGUUGCGGAAUGCCGCGCCCCUCCUCGGCCUUUCUCUCACCUCAACUCCGCCAGACCACGUGAAGGAGAUCAUCUCCCCCGAAAAUCCUCACCCUCGCGCGCCUCCCGCCCCCCUGCUCCACUUUCGCCAUGCUGCAAUCCGCGCCCUCUUCGCCCUCGACCUUUCACCAUUAUGCCUCGCGACGGACCUCCAGCUCCCACAACACCACCCACACGUCCCCGCGCUUCCUAUCCCAGGUGACGACGGGCAGUGCGUCGGCGCGGACAAAACCCGCCGCCGCGGUACCGACCGUGGCUCCAUCCCCGUCCCCAGCUGUGGCCGUGGCCGUGACCUCCGCCCCGCCGCCCCAGAAGACUGAGUACAAGAAUGCGUCGACGCAAUACAGCCCGACCGGUUACCCGCCUACAUAUAGACCCCCUCGACCCAUUUGCCCGAGGCCUCCUCAAACCCAUCAAUCCCAUCCGCAACCCCCUCAACAACCUCAACCUCACCCACAACCGCCCACCGCCAACGCCAAUGCCGAUGAUCCUGUCCCUCCCGAGCCCGCGGAACCCGCACUACGCGUAGACCCCCAACCUGCCGCUCCUCUGCACAACUCGACGCCUACCAGGAAGGCCACGGAGGACGUGGCCGGCCAGCCUGCACAUCAGAGUGGACAGAGGGAGUCCCAGGCUGGGCGGCCGGGCGCUGUCACUCAACAAUUCCCUUCUCCGGCCAAGCGCAUCCGCCCCUCGGAUCCAGCGAGUGUGAAGAUAAUGCCGCUGAGGUACGAGACGUGCGACGUCAAGGACCUCGGCGUGCUCAUCUCGGACAUGCUCAUGGAGCUCGUCCGGCUGAACGACAAGAACCCGCUGCGCGACGGUCAGCUUACCCGCUUCCAUUCAAGGGCGCCGCCUGGCAUAUCCGUCCGCGAUUAUCUGAACCGCCUCAUCGUCCAUGCAACGCUCUCACCUCCUAUCCUCCUUUCCAUGGUCUUCUACGUCGACAAGCUAUGCACCAUGUAUCCCGCCUUCACCAUCAGCAGCCUCACCGUGCACCGGUUCCUGAUCACAGCCGCCACAGUAGCCGCAAAAGGCCUCAGCGAUAGUUUCUGGACCAACAGCCUGUAUGCCAAGAUUGGCGGUGUCAGCAUACGCGAGUUGGCCCUGCUGGAGCUCGAGUUCCUGCGGAGGGUCGAAUGGCGAAUUGUCCCCAAGCCGGAGACCCUGGUCGACUAUUACAAAUUUCUGGUGCAGAGAGCAGAGGGGUACGAGAUGGAGAAGGAGGAAACUUCUUCCGAGGACGAUGACGAGACCUCGGCUGGGGAAGAGGAAGAUGAGGCCCCGGAAGCUGUGCAGCAGCUCGGUUCGGGUUCGGAAUCUACAAGCAUUCCACGACACGAAGGAUAACGGCACCUUGUACGCAAGAGACUUCACAGUACAUUAUUGAGCUGUGCAGUGCGUCGCCAGGACAUCAUGGCCCCUGGGAGACGGACCGCACGCCAUUGGAAAAAAUGGCACUGCUCCAGUUUCGCCCCCGACCGUCCCAAGAACACGGUUGACACCGGCGGUGUCUGAUAA